AUGGAGAGACCAUAUAGACCGUCGAAAUCAACUGAAAUGGAGAUUUUAUAUAAAUUUGAUAAAGACAUAGAGGCAUGGUUACCAUUUGAUUAUUCAUCAACAAUACUGUUUUAUUUGAUGUAUAUACAUCAACUGAUAAGUUUGGCUACCGCAGCAUUCAUAAAUGUUGGUUGUGACACUCUCAUUUGUGGAUUACUGGUUCAUAUUUGCUGUCAAAUUGAAAUCUUGACUUGUCGCUUGAAGAAAAUUAUAUCUUAUUCUAAUGUUCUCCGCAGUUGUGUACAUCAACAUUAUCAUAUCAUCAGACUUGCGUAUAUUGUAAAUACGAAAUUUAGACUGAUAAUUAUUAUUCAAUUUAUAACAAGUACGUUGAUAAUAUGCUUUAGCCUUUAUCAAAUAAGUAAAACAACUACAAAAGCCAAAUACAUUGAAAUGACAUUAUAUAUAUCUAGCAUGUUAACACAAAUCUUCUUCUAUUGUUGGUACGGAAAUGAAGUAAAAAUAAAGAGUCAUCAAAUGAUCGAUAACAUUUUCGAAAUGGAGUGGCUAACACUGGAUAAAAGUAAAAAGAAAUCUCUAAUAAUAAUAAUGAGGCGGACAAUUGUGCCUAUUCAAAUUACUUGUGCUUAUAUUAUUCCUAUGAAUCUUGAUUCCUUUAUGGGUAUACUCAAGACGUCGUAUUCCACUUACAACUUACUUGAAAAAAUACGGUAAUUCUGUAAAAGAUUGAUGGCAAAAAUAUACUCAUGAAAUUAAAUCUUAAAAGAGUGAGA